UCACACAUCGAAUCAACAUCGAACAUCGCACAAUUUUGAAGCUUUGACUUUUGGGGAAUGUCGCGUGGUAUUCAUACAUGCACGUUCAGUCGUAACCUCUAGUCUGCGAGGAGAGCAUAUGAAUUUCCAGCUGUGACCGUAUCAUAAUGAGUAUUUUCACAGAAAAUAGAUAUAAAGGUGAUGAAGAUGUGGUAGAAGAUGCUGCCUCUGAAAAUCAUCUUACUGCCCUGUUAAAAAAGAUCAAGGAACGUAAAAAGCGUAAAAGUACCACAGGCGAUACAAAAAAUCAAGAGCAUGCUGAACGUUUUCCAGUAGCGCAUAAGAAAUCACGAAAGCAUUUAGAAACUUCUCUCAAAGAGAAUGUUGAUAUAGAUCUAAAUAAUACAACCCAUAAUGUUGAAAAUCAGAAUGCAUCCAACAAUAACCAACCUAGUUUGGAUCCAGACAACGACCCUGCAAUAACCCAAAUUUCUAAAAGUUUAGAAAAUAUAAAAGAUCCGAAACAAGACUUCAUUGUUUUGGGUUCAGAUUCACACAAAAAGAAAACUGUGGUCAAACGAGUAUUACCUGAUUGGUUAGCGGAUCCAGUACUUAUUUCUGCAGAUUUAAACAGUGGCCCUUCGCUCUCAGAGUUUAAUUCGGGUCUUGAUGACGAACUGAUAAAGAUUCUAAAAAAAAAUGGAGUUACAAAACUGUUUCCUGUUCAAGCCAGCGUUAUACCUUUCAUACUAAAAUGGAAUGAGAAAAGAAAAAUGGGAUGGUGGGCCCAGGAUAUCUGCAUUUCUUCGCCUACAGGAAGCGGAAAAACUUUGGCCGUUGUCUUACCAGUUAUUCAGCAUCUGCAGCACCGAUUUGUACCAAAAGUUCGGUGUUUAGUUGUACUACCAGGACAAGAAUUGGCAGCACAGAUUUAUACGGUCAUGACGACCUAUACAGCACAUACAGAUCUAAAAGUGGUACUACUCUCAGGGCUAACAUCUUUAGAGCAAGAACAAAUCCAGCUCGUCAAAAAACUUGCAUCUGGAGAGCUUGUCAGUAAGGUGGAUAUUGUCGUAACAACUCCGGGUCGACUAAUUGAUCAUAUCAAAAACACACCUGGGUUCUCCUUAACUGCUUUGCAAUUUAUUAUAAUUGAUGAAGCAGAUAGACCUAUAGAUUGGCUACAGCACCUCCCAGUGCCUCAUUCUGGCAGCAUUCCUCUAACCGUAGGUAAUCUUAUGAACAAACGUUAUAAACCGGCUCAGAAAUUGUUAUGCAGUGCAACUUUAUCCCAAGACCCUGAAAAGCUGAGUAAACUGAAUUUAAUUCAGCCAAAAUUAUUUACCUCAGUUCAUCCACAAGAUAAAGACCAGGAUUUGAACCUGGAUAAAAAGACUGGCGAUUUUGCUGGACGUUACACUAGUCCCGAUGAGCUGAAAGAGAGAACAGUGGAGUGCCAACUUCUUUAUAAGCCACUAGCGCUAGUUCAUUUGUUAACCGAAAAUGAAACAUUGCCUAAAAUGCUCGUAUUUAUGAAUUCCGGGCAAAUGGCACACAGAUUAGCGUUACUGCUUGGCGAGCUUUGCAAGGACAUUGGAUUAACUGUUGCCGAACUAUCUUCAACCCUAACUCAUAACAAACGAAAAAGUGUUUUAACAAGAUUUGCUGAAGGAAAUAUUCAAAUUUUAGUAAGCACCGACGCCCUGGCACGUGGAAUGGACAUUCCUGGGGUAAACUUGGUUGUUUCCUAUGACAUGCCAAAGCAUAUAAAGGGGUACAUUCAUAGAUCUGGACGAACAGGUCGAGCUGGUAAUCCGGGAACGGCUGUGUCCCUUGUCGAACCCAAGCAGGUCGCAGCUUUUACCAAAAUGUUGUCUGGUGCCAAUAAAGUUGUGCCAAACAUAGAGGUAUUAAAUUUUGACAGAUUAGCGGCAGAUAUGAAUUAUGAGCAACAUGUUAAUAAAUUAAAGGAAACAUUGAGCGAUGAAAAAACUCACUCAUUAAAGUCAUUGAAAGCUGUCAAACGAAAACAUAGCAAAAUUUCUAAAUCUACGUAGAUGUGUCUGAUUGUGAAUAUGAGUCCACACUUCUUGGCUAUCUACAAAUUUAUGUAAACGUUAUGGAGUCAUCGUCGUGUAGCAAUCAACACAAGAUAUUCGAUGAGGAAUAAAUUCUGUACAAAUUUAAUGAUUUAACAUCGAUAAUAAACAUUUUAUUGUCUGAA